AAUACAUUUCAGCCAAUGAAGAAAACGAGGGUAUAUGCGUUUGUAAGGGUCCGGUAGAGAAAUUACCUAUAAAUAGAUAUUUGCUUUCUUUUCUCUCAAAACUUAAUUUUUAAAAUAAACCCUAACCCUGUUUGCCCGAUCUCUCCAUCGACGGUAAUAGAGAAUCAAAAUUAACCAACAAGAACAUGGCAGAGGAAGAGGCACCUUGUUACGAUUUUAUUGAUCCGGUUGGCUAUGAUUGGGAUUGUACACCAUCCCGGAAGGGACCCCCCAUAUCUAACGACAAUUUCGAUCCCAAAAUACUUCGUUACGAUUCAGAUGAAGACGAAGAAGCUAUCCUUCAUUAUAUCAACCAACUCGAACUCUCUGAUGGUUUUCAUGCUGAUAAGCCGAAAAAACGAUUUUACUGGACUUCGUUUGUAGUAGAUAAAGUUACCUCACAGGACUGCAUUGAUGCAGCUUAUGCAGCAGUGGAAGAAUUUAACAACCUUAAGGGUGCUGAUUUGAAGUUUUUGAAACUUUUGAGUGUGACAUCUAGAAUAACUGGAGGAAUAUUCUAUUUUUUGACAUUGCAAUGCACCGAUGAACGUUUUUAUGAAGCUAAAAUCUUCAUAACUCUUGAGGGUGCUCGUGACUUGUUUAUGUUUAGGCCUGCAAAGCAUUAUCCAAGGCCAAGUACAAAUUGAAGGAGGAGGAGGGUAGUGCUGCUAAAGCUGAUUGUCCUAAUAAGUAGUAGUUAUUUGGUACAAGGAUUCUCAUUGUGUAGGAGACUUAGAAGGCACAACUUUUAUCUUUCUUUUGUUCUUUUGAAAUUAUGACUACAGAACGUUUCUUUUGGAAUAUCAGAUCUCAUCUUAAAUUUUACCAA